AUGGCGUUUGCCGCGUGUCCCGCGCUCGAGACGCUGCGGCCUCUGACGCCCCUGUCGCCCUUUUCUGUCGCUACUACUGCCACUGCCACUGCGACCGCUGCCGCUGCGUCUUCGCCCGCCACGCGACACGUCGCCUCUGCUGCUUCCACUGGCGCGCGCGUGACGGACCGCACGGUCGUCGUCUUCGACUGGGACGACACGCUCUGCCCCAGCUCGUGGCUCCACGCGCAGGACCUGCUGCCCAAGUACCGCGGCCACCGCAUCGCCGUGACGCCGGCCCAGCGCCACGUGCUGCGCCUCAUUGGGGCCCACGUCGCGCGGCUUUUGCGGAAGGCCGUCGCGUACGGACCGGUGUUUGUCGUGACGGCCGCCGAGUGGGGAUGGGUCGAGAUGUCGGCCGCGCUCUAUCUGCCCGACGUGCAGCGCGUGCUGAGCCUCGCGGACGUGCACAUUGUCUCGGCCCGGAGCUGGUACGAACAGACGUUCGGCCUGGGCGGCGACUCGGCGACGUGGAAACAAGAGGUCAUGCAGCUCAUUGCGCGCCAGUGCUUUGCGGCGGCCGCAACGGCGCACGACACGAGCAGCGGUCGCUCGGAAGCGAUAGCUGCACCGACGAUAGUGGCACCGGCAGCACCGACGCCGACGGCGGCUGCGGCUUGUGGCGUGCAAGACGGCUACUUUCACUUCCUCUCAGUGGGCGACUCGAUGGCCGAGCGAGACGCGUGUUUUACGGCCGUCGAGAGCGUGUGUCGCACGUUCGCCAAGACGCUCAAGUUCGUCGAGCACCCGAACGCUGAGGAAGUGCUGCAGCAGGUGGAGCUCACGUUCGACUCGUUCGAGCAAAUGUGCGGCUGGGGGGACAAUCUCGACUUGCGGCUGUCCCGACAACAGCUGGCGGAGCUGCGUGGCUCGCCUAUUUAA